AAUCCCAAAAAACUUUUCCACAAAACCCCCCCCAGGAACUCGGGGGGGGAAGCCGGACCCGCCCAGGACGCACCGCACCCACCGCGAUUUUUAAAUUUUUUUUUUUUAAUUUUUUUUUUUUUAAAGAAAUGCAAACCGGACUGGAAUAAGGGGGAUAAUUUUGAAAUUUUUUUUUUUUUUUUGGAGUUGAGGGGGGGGUUGCUCCCCCAAAAAACGCCGAGCUGCGGUGCGGCGGCGCGGCCGGCAGGUGGCGCGCUCCGCCCAGGCGGGGGGCGAUGGCGGCGCCGGAUUUGGGGGCGACUUUGGGCCUAAAACGGCUCCGCGCUCGUCAUUAUUUGUAACCAUAGAGCAUGAAUUACCUCUUGAGGUCAUCAGUGAGAAUUUACGACUGGUCAACAAAAGCACGUGACGCCCAAACGCACCCCCCACCCUCCCCCCAUAUUUGGCCGCAUACAUAGCAAAAACGAAGUACAGUGCAUCGCUAUAAUUCAUUAAUACAUCAUAAAUCGUCAAGCACGGGGGUUAUAACGACCACGAGCCACAAAUCAAGCCCUCCAAAAUAACCCAAAUGAGCUCUUACUUUGUAAACUCGUUCUCAGGGCGCUACCCAAAUGGCCCCGACUAUCAGUUACUAAAUUAUGGGACCGGCAGUUCCAUGAACGGUUCUUACAGAGAUUCAAGCACCAUGCAUUCCAGCUCUUAUGGCUACAACUACAAUGGGAUGGACCUUAGCAUCAACCGCUCGGCCUCCUCCUCUCACUUUGGGGCUGUGGGCGAGAGCUCCCGCGGUUUCCCUUCUCCAGCUCAGGAGAGCAGGUUUAGACAGGCGAGCAGCUGCUCCUUAUCUCCUCCCGACUCCCUGCCCUGCUCCAACAGCGAGAGCCACGGGGGCAAACCCGCCCCGUCCCCCUCGGAAGCGGCUCCCGCUGCCAGCAGCACCAGCUCGCAUUUCACAGAGCUGGACGAGACCAGCGCGUCCUCGGGAGCCGACGAGGGCACGGCGGUCCCCCGAGCGCAGGCAGAGCCCGUGGCCAGCUCGGCGGCGCCGGAAGGGCAGGCGCCUCAGAUAUUCCCUUGGAUGAGGAAACUUCACAUUAGCCAUGACAUGACUGGACCGGACGGGAAGAGGGCUCGGACAGCGUACACCAGGUACCAGACGCUGGAGCUGGAGAAGGAAUUCCACUUCAACAGAUAUCUCACCCGCAGGAGGAGGAUCGAGAUCGCCCACGCGCUCUGCCUGAGCGAGCGCCAGAUCAAAAUCUGGUUCCAGAACCGCCGCAUGAAGUGGAAGAAGGAUAAUAAACUGAAAAGCAUGAGCUUGGCCUCGGCCGGCAGCGCCUUCCAGCCCUAAAAAUCAUCCGGAUGAAGCAGAGGGGAAAAAAAAAACGGGGGGGGGAAAAAAAAAAAAAAAUUAAAUAAAAUAAACCAGAAGAAGGUGGUGGUGAUGAAGAAGAGAAAAAAAAAUAUUUAAAAAGCAAAAAAAAAAAAAAAAAAAGGAGCGGAUGAUGAAAGAAAUAAAUGAAUAAAUGGUUUUAGUCUCGGAGGACUGUACAGUGAGGCACCUUCCUUUGGGCUUGUGCUUGAUUUAUCCUAAAAAAAAAAAAAAAAAACAAAAAACAAAACCAGCUCCUGUUGGUUAUCCCAGGACUGAGCUCGUGUCGUGUUCUUUUUUUUUUUUUUGUUCGUUUUUUU